CAAAAUUACGCCACUUGUGGAGAGGGAGAACACUGUAGCCUAAUUGUGAGCGCAGACAGGGGCGGAGGGAAUCGCGGCGGUGAGAUUAUUUUUAUGGACGCGCCCGGUGCGUACAUUUGCGGGUCUGUCGUGUAACUCAGUCAUGUUCUAGAGCUCGUAAAUCGAGAGGACCGUUAGUGCGAAGUGCCUCAACCAGGCAUUAAACUACCCUCGUGCAGCUAAAAAGGACGCUCAACUUGUACGCAAACAAAACGUGCCUCUGUAGCUAGAGGAGCGGCAAGAGAACAGAGGCAAGCAAUAACAUAUUCUGUUGAGAACUAUUGCUGACAACUCAGUAAGAAAUUGCCGACAAGGACUAAAUACUUACUUUUGAAAGUGGAUGACACUGUCUGCCUGUCAUUUACGUAGAACCACAAUAAAGGACCACAAUAAGUACAGGAGAGACCCGGGAGACAGCGGGCGCCAUGAGGCGGCGAGGAGGGCUUGAGAGAGAGGAGACAUCGCCCUUCAUCAUCCUCAGCAUCGGGCAGCGCAGGAAGUGCAUACAAGCGCCACAGAGACUGUCUAGCAAGAGACAAGCUAACAGCACCCGAAUCUGAGAGAGAGACGAGAGAGAGAAACAGAAAAGAGUGGAUUCAACAUCCAUUUAUUUAUCCUCAAUGGGCUUAAACUGGACUGGACCAGACAUGGAAGAGAUGAUGUCCAAGUUACCACAUUGUUCUAUAUUGGACCCUCCUUGUUAGACCUUCGAAACAACUCACACACCUUUGUGAGGCUUAGAACUGAGGGGCAGAGAGAGAAAAAAAGAGAGAGAGAGAGAGAUAGAGGAAGAGAACGAGAGACACUCUGGGCUCCAUGCAGGCGCGUAAGAAGUAUGUCCUGCUGGGGCUGUGUGCAUGCUGCUGGCUGCUGCUCUUCUACUGGGGCGGCGGUGUCCAGGUCCGUCUCUUCAAGCUGCUGGUGCAGCAGAGGGGCGAUGUGGUGCGCCCCUGGCCCGACUGGAACGACCGGGCCCUCCUGCCGGGCUAUGCCCAGCUGGAGGAACUCCAGACGGGGCCUGGUUCUGCCGAGUCCCCCCGCCAGCGUCACCAUGCCUGGACGGGCAUCUAUAAAGACAGUCGCUGCCGAAUGGAGACCUGCUUCGACUUUACGAGAUGUCGACGUAGAGGGCGGGACGGGUUUAGAGUGUACGUCUACCCGUCGGAGAAGGGCGAGCGCGUGUCGGAGAGCUAUCGUAAGAUACUGACGUCUAUAGGCGAGUCGCGGUACUACACCAAGGACCCUCGCGAGGCGUGUCUCUUCGUUUUGGGAAUUGACACUCUGGACCGCGACCAGCUCUCGGGGCAGUUCGUGCCCAACUUGGACGAUCGUAUCAAGGGUUACCCGCUCUGGAACGAGGGGCGGAACCACCUUAUCUUUAACCUGUACUCGGGCACCUGGCCCAACUACACUGAGGACCUGGGCUUCAACAUCGGCCAGGCCAUCCUGGCUAAAGCCAGCCUCAACACGGAACACUUCCGGCCCGGGUUCGACGUCUCCAUCCCCCUGUUCUCCAAGGAGCACCCCCAGAAGGGGGGCGAGAGGGGCUGGUUGGUGCGAAAUACGGUACCCCCGCGCAGAAAGUACCUGUUGAUGUUCAAAGGGAAGCGGUAUCUAACAGGCAUCGGCUCGGACACCCGUAAUGCCCUGCAUCAUAUCCAUAAUGGGAAGGACAUAGUGUCCCUCACCACAUGCCGUCACGGGAAGGACUGGGAGAAACACAAAGACGCCCGCUGUGACCAUGACAACCUAGAGUAUGAGAGGUUUGAUUACCAGGAGCUGCUCCACAACUCCACCUUCUGCCUGGUUCCUCGGGGUCGUCGCCUGGGCUCCUUUCGCUUCCUAGAGUCUCUACAGGCGGCAUGUAUUCCAGUGUUGCUCAGUAAUGGUUGGGAGCUGCCCUUCUCUGAUGUCAUCCAGUGGAACCAGGCUGUCUUAGAAGGAGAUGAGAGAUUGCUACUGCAGGUCCCGUCUACAGUGCAUGCGGUGGGAAAUGAGCGAGUCCUAGCUCUGAGGCAGCAGACCCAGAUGCUAUGGGAGGCCUACUUCUCCUCCGUGGACAAGAUAGUCCUCACAACACUGGAGAUAAUUAAGGACCGGGUGUUCUCCCACGUCUCCAGAAAUAAGUACAUGUGGAACGCCCUGCCAGGGGGCCUGCUGGUCCUGCCAGAGUACUCCACUCACCUGGCCCACUUCCCCUUUUAUUACCUGAGUCUAGGGGUCAGUCCUGGUCAAGAGUUCACAGCCAUCAUCCAUGCCGUUUCCCCAUUGGUCUCCCAGUCUCAGCCAAUCAUGAAGCUGCUUCAAGUGGUCUCCAAGUCCAAAUACUGUUCACAGAUCAUCAUCCUGUGGAACAGUGAGAAGCCACCGCCCCACAGGAGUAAAUGGCCCCCCAUGCCUGUCCCCCUCACUGUGACAGACGGUAGGAGGAAGACGAGCAGUCGUUUCCUGCCCAACGUGGCCAUAGAGACAGAGGCAGUGCUGAGUCUGGAUGAAGAUACAGUCCUGCUGACCAGUGAGGUGAACUUUGCUUUCUUGGUGUGGAUGAGUUUUCCUGAGCGCAUCGUGGGCUACCCCCCCAGGAGUCACUUCUGGGACCCAGUGAAGAAUGUGUGGGGGUACACCUCCAAGUGGACUAACGAGUACUCCAUCGUUCUGACAGGAGCAGCCUUCUACCACAGGUACUAUCACUACUUGUUCUCCCACUACCUGCCCCCCUCCCUGCGGGCGCUGGUGGACCGCACCUCCAACUGUGAGGACAUCCUCAUGAACUUCCUGGUUUCCGCCGUCACCCACCUGCCGCCAAUCAAAGUGGCCCAGAGGAAACAGUACAAGGAUCUUCCCAGCCCACAGGUGAGGCCACACCCAUCGAUGGUGAAUCUGACCAAUGAGCUGCCCAGCCCACAGGGUACGAAGAUGAGUGCUCCAUGGGCCAACCCAGAGCACUUUACCCAGAGACAGGAGUGUGUGAACAGUUUCGCCAGCUGGUUCGGCUACAUGCCCCUGGUCCACUCCCAGUUCCGCCUGGACCCCCUGCUCUUCAAGGACCAGGUGUCUGUCCUGCGCAAGAAGUACAAGGACCUGGAACGUGCCUGACGGACCAACAGAUGGAUAGGGGAAUACAGUGUGGAGGCCUGGUCUGGUGAUUAAAUGUAGACAGACAGACAGACCCUGGUGGACUGAUCUGAUGAUAAAAGAGGAAGAAAGGGGACCUAAAGCUAAGAGAUAGACUCUGCCUCCAGGGGUCUGAGACGACGGGCUAUUGGAGGAGGAAACAUAUGGAGAAGGCCUUAUGUCCCCUGUGAUUGGUGCUCCAUUGGUAAUGGAUGGGUGAAUGAACACUUGUUGAAGAUGUCAACCACUCCCAUUGCAGUCUGAAUGGAGGGGAACAGUAUUUAAUGUCAAAGGAAGGCGCCAAGCGGACAGUUGCUGGUGCAGUGCACUCCAGCUGGCGUAUUUCUACAGUACAUCUGGGAGUUGGGACGGUCGCAAAGCAAUUGGUUCAUUUCACAUCACGUAACUGUAAGACCAAUAAAAACAUUUCCCAAGUGCAAAUGGUGGUAUUCAACUCACAUGUAGACUUUUGACAAAGCAUUACUUCAAAUGCAUUCACCAGACCCUUCGAAGUAUCAAAGGCAAAGCAAACAUUUCUCAUAAAAUCAGUGUUUUUACAAUGUAUUUAUUUUGUAGAAAAAGACUAUAACCUAUUGCUUGUGAUUUCUUUGAGAUCCUGCAUAGUGUGCAAAAAUAGAUUCACACGCUUGAUACUUCCGAUUCCUCAGCAGUCGGCAUGCAAGAUUCUCAACCCUUAAGGUAAACAGGUGUGUUGCCCAGCACUCAGGAAGCUAAUCGCAUUAAUGAUGCUAAGACACACACACGCACACCUGAGAUAAAUAGCUGCCAUGGGCUAAUUUGCGAUGAGAUCCCAUUGUCUUCAACUCAGUUCACAGGUGACACUCACUAGUGUUGGUACACAAAGAAUAAGGGCAGACAUUAAGCACUGACACUAGAUCAGCCUCUUGUGCACGGUGGAAUUCAUAACCAUGAAUUCAAGUUUAUUUAGCUGGUCCUGAGUCAGUGAUUAUCACCCCAAAAAAGGCUGGAAAACAUAUGUAGUAAAAAAAUAUAUAAGUAAACUCAAUUAAUUCAAUGUCUCUAAAAGCACCAUACUUUAAAGGUAGAUCACCCAAAG